AUGCCAACACCACAAAAGCUCUGCGCCCAAGACUGGCCCACCACCCACUAUGCCGACCAACAAAGUUAUCAAGACACCCAACACGCCACCUCAGACACAGAGGUACUGCAACUGACAGAUGAAUGGAAACCUGCUAAAAUUUCGUCACCAAGUGUUUCACCAAGUGUUCCAUCAUCACUAGGUAGUGUUUCAUCACCCGUUGUGACAGACGCACCCAGUGCUACAAGUAUUUCGCCAAGCGCCAAAGGUUCUUGGUGGAGCGCACCGCCUUUUCGAGACUACUGUGUUCCCCGAGAGGAUACCGACCUUCAGGAAAGCACCGAAAUGCCCGCGCAAGUCCCUGCUGCCAGACCCGAUCACUUCUUACGACUCGGCUCCCCACACUCCACUUGGUCACGGAGUGCGGGUCAUGCUGCCACUCUACACAAGUCUGUUCUUGCGCAGAGCGUGGCGCAGAACGCGGCGCAGAACGCGGCGCAGAACGCGGCGCAGAACGCGGCGCAGAACGCGAAAACGCAAAAGGAAGUACCCACCGGUCCCAACGCCAAGUGCCUCGUCCUCCAGCGGGAAUACCUCGUCCCCUUCCACGCCGAGCUCCAGCUCGGAUUCGGCAGGGACCAGCUCCGAGUCCGGUGCAACCAGUUCUGGGUCGGAAGCAGCCAGCUCAUGGAACCCUGCAACGACCAGUACCAGUAG